AUGCUUUCAGAUCGUCUUGGAAAAGUUACUUUGAAUAUGAAAAACUGGACAUUUGACAAAACUGUACAAUGUCCAUAUCUAAAUAUAAGUGAAAUAAAACAUUUGAAAUCGAGACGCAAGGUCUCGCUUAAUUGUAACAUAAGCGAAGUUGUGACCUGGACACAUUACGACAACGAUAUUUAUAUUGCCUCGUUUUAUGAUAAGUGUGUAGACAUGUUUAUAGCUGAAUGCUGCAAAGGAAAUUCCCGUGUACCAAAUAUUGUCCAUUAUGUCUGGUAUAAGAGAGGAGAAUUAAGUUUUGUGGGUUUUACCAGUUUUCUCAGUGUUAUCCGUUUUGUUAAACCUUGCGCUAUUAUAUUCCAUGGGGACAGUCUCCCAUACGGUUCGUACUGGAACUUCAUUGUCAAUAUGUCCCCAAAUAUCAUUCAUCUCAAACGUGAACCUCUGAAAUAUAUUGCAGGAAAAAAGAUAAAAUAUAAAGAACACUCAAGUGACAUUAUGCGCAUAGAAGCUUUGUUAAAAUACGGUGGGAUAUACAUGGAUACAGACACCGUUAUUGUGCGGUCCAUGGAACCAUUGAUGAAUUAUUCAUGUGUAAUGUCAAACCAGAGUUCCGGUUUAUUAGGUUCAGCUUUUGUAAUGGCUAAGAAAAACGCGUCGUUUCUUCAGUUAUGGAUGGAUGGCUAUCGAUUUCACUACAAUCCUUCGAGGUAUGUCUACAAUGCAAUGGUAUACCCAAAGAAGGUAGCCCGUAAACAUGCGGACUUGAUUCACUUAGAGUAUGGAACCAUUUCUAGACCAGUCAAUAUGACUGGCUGGAAGAUAUACAACAAUACAUAUGCCACCUACAACUGGUCGUACAUAUACGGAAUACACCUUUACAGUAGGUUAUAUAAGAAACCAUUCAAUGAAUAUACAAUACGGACUAUGAAUACCACAGCAGGAUCUAACUGCCGUUAUGUUUUGUUUGGCAAUAAAGAGCUCUGUAACUAA